UACAUAGAAUCACCAGAUAUUGAGAAAAAAGUGAAAAGACUACUAAGAAGGGACAGCACAGCUAUCAGAGUCCAAUGGGAAAUGUUGCCAGAUAAAGAUGGCAAAGAAGACACAAAAAGUGAAUUACAAAUAGAUGCUUGUUUGUUCAAAUGAAGGAGAAGACAGUGGAAGUGGUCGAGAGGAAAAAAAUUCUCCGCACAAGAACACCGGCAAAGUCGACAAGAAAUUUCUAUGGAAUCACGGAUUACAUUGAAUCACCAGAUAUUGAGAAAGAAGUUAAAAGACUAUUGAGAAUGGACAGUACCGCUAUCAGAGUCCGAUGGGAAGUGUUACCUGAUAAAGAUGGCAAAGAAGACACAAAAAGUGAAUUACAAAUAGAUGGCAACGACUGGAAACAGAUCUUUGAAGAGGUUAGUAGCUCAGAGAAUGAGGAAGAGGAAGAAGACGUCAACAUCAUGGAGGUCGGGGAUUCCCAGCAAGGCAUGGAGGAGUUCAAAGUUCAAAAUGUUACGGCCGCCCUUGAAGGACUGGAAGCGGCUGUGGAUCAAGAUGACACGAUCACAGAAGAUAGCAUGCAACAAGAGAAUGAAUUUGUUAAAAGGUAUGCAGAGUUAGAACAGGAAAUGACUGAACUAAACCAGAAGAAGAGAAUGCAGGAAGAAGCUAUUGCUAAUGUGGAUAAUGUUAUGCUGAAGCAACGAUUCCAAUCAAAAUUGGAUGAAGUCUUGGUGGAGAUGAAGAAACGAGAAGAAGAGAUGGAAACUUUGAAAGUGCUUAUUGGUCCAAGCUGAAAUUGAUGAGCUGGACUGUUGGCUAAAUAAUCUGAUGAGGUGUUACAGGGCAGAGAAAAACCAAUUUGAAGAUCAUUCAUCAAGGCAUAGAGCUGCUCUAAUACCAAGUGUUGACAUGGUCACAUGCACAAUGCAUUUCUUCAUUGAUCAUAAACGUUUGUAUGAUUUUAGAUGGAGAUCGUAAUUUAGUUGGUUAAACUACCAUCUUUAUUCAAAUAACGCCCUGGGGGAAUUUAUUGUUGAGAGGGGUUUUUGAGGGGUGUUUAUUUGAAAAUGGCGUUUAUUUCUUUUUUGUGUUAAGUGGAUGCAUAUAUAUACUCAAAUAUAAACCUUUUAAUUCCACUGUAAAUGAAAAACUACAAUACAUAAUUACCAUCAAAAUGUGUUACUGCAUGAUCAUGAAGACUUA